AUGGCUUCAGUUCCACCGGGUGAUAUCAACACUCAGCCGAAUUCGAAGAUCGUCUUCAAUGCGCCAUACGAUGACAAGCACACUUACCACAUCAAGAUCAUCAAUGCUUCUGGACGUCGUAUUGGAUGGGCUAUGAAGACCACGAACAUAAGACGAUUGGGUGUGGACCUCCAUGCGGGGUGCUUGAUCCCAAAAAGCUGCGCUUAUGGCAGUUUCUUGCGAUGUUUUCGACUACGGCCCGUGAGGAUACCAACAACCGCCGUAUCACAGUUGAAU